AUUAACUUAUCUUCCUCUUUGGUGUUCAUAUUGAGACGAUCUUGACUUGUAAUAGAACUCACAUUAAGCAGGACUUGCUAUAGAGUUUUGUUUCAUCAUUACCUUUAAGUUGAUUUCUUCUUAUACAAUUUCAAAUUCACUCAUAAUUUCACCUAAUUUUCAUCUAUACCAUCCAUGUCUUCCUUUAUUCCCUCUUCUGCUAAUUCAAAGAGUGAGAGGUACAAUGUGUACUUGAGUUUCUGUCACCAAGACGCAGCCUCUUUUGCUACCGGUAUCUAUACAGCUCUUAAUAGAAAAUCUCGGUUUCAUGUUUUCUGGGAUGAUGAGAAGCUUGGAAGCGGUGAUCGAGGAAUACCAACCUCAAUUUUGAAUGUUAUAGAAGAUUGCAAAGUUGCUGUAAUAGUAUUUUCAAGAAAUUAUGUUAAUUCAAGAUCGUGUCUUCAAGAAUUUGAGAAGAUAACCGAGUGUUGCCUAACCACAAGUGGUCUUAUUGUUCUUCCAGUACUCUAUGAUGGUCUCAAUCACUAUUCCUCAUUUGGAACAGUUGAAGAGACUUUUCAUGAUUUUGUGGAUAGAAUCUGGAUAAAGGAAACAACCUCCGAAGAGAAAGAUAAGUUUAUGAGUUGGGUGGCAGCCGUCACGAAAGCUACCACAUAUUCAGGAGUAAUUGAUUUCGCGGACAGUUAUGGAAGGGAGUAUGUUGUGGAUGUUGUGGAAAGUGUUACUCGUACGGUAAACAAGAAGAGAGACCUUUUUGGUGCUUUCUAUACAGCAAGUGUAAAAUCUGGUGUGCAAGAUGUGAUUCACCUGUUGAAACAAUCAAGAAGUCCUCUCCUAAUAGGGAUAUGGGGGAUGGCAGGGAUCGGUAAAUCAACCAUUGCCGAAGCCAUUUAUAAUCAGAUUGGUCCUUAUUUUGAGCACAAGUACUUGCUUGACGACGUCAGGGAAGUUUGGAAAAGAGAUGGAGGCCUAGUUUCUUUUGAUGGUCCAGUUUCUUUACAAGAGAAACUUCUUUCUUAUAGGGGCAUACCAACUGAAAUAAAGAUAGGUACAAUUGAAUCAGGAAAAAAUAUUUUAAAAGAAAAACUUCAUAAUAAAAGGGUACUUCUUGUACUUGACAAUGUUGAUAAGCUGGAGCAGUUAAAGUCUUUGUGUGGAAAUCGGGAUUGGUUUGGUCCAGGUAGCAAAAUAAUCAUCACUACCAGAGAUAGGCAUCUACUCAAGGAGCACAGAGUUGACCAUAUAUAUAAAGUGAAAGAAUUGGAUGAAAGUGAAUCAAUUGAACUUUUUAAUUGGGCUGCAUUCAACCAAGCAACAACUUCUCGAGAAGGUUUUGGUGAACUUUCAAGACAAUUAGUUGCUUAUUCUAGGGGAUUGCCUCUUGCUCUUAAAGCACUUGGGGGUUUUUUGCAUGGAAAAGAAGUACUUGAGUGGAAACGUGUGUUGAGGAGUCUUGAAACAUUUUCCUUUCCAGAUCAAGAAAUACUACAAGUUCUAGAAACAAGUUUUGCUGAUUUGAGUGGUGAAGAGAAACACAUAUUUCUUGAUAUAGCAUGUUUCUUUAAUAGGAUGGACCAAAAUGAUGUACUCCAUACCUUAAAUAGGUCAACACAGUGCUCAGCUCUUCUAAUAAGUCUCCUUGAAGACAAGAGCCUUGUAACCAUUGAUGAGAAUAACAAGCUUGAAAUGCAUGGUCUUCUACAAGCCAUGGCAAGAGAUAUCAUUAAGAAGACUGAUCAGCCGAAGCUGUACGAUGUGUUCUUGAGUUUUAGAGGGGAAGACAGCCGUGCAAAGUUCAUGUCACAUAUCUUUUCAUCUCUGCAAAAUGCAGGGAUUCAUACUUUCAGAGAUGAUGAUCAGAUUCAGCGAGGAGAUCAAAUCUCAGUCUCACUGUUGCGAGCAAUCGGACAAUCUAGAAUUUCCAUCAUUAUUUUGUCUACAAAUUAUGCUAAUUCCAGAUGGUGUAUGCUAGAGUUGGUGAAGAUAAUGGAAAUUGGUAGAACUAGGGGUCUGGUGGUUUUGCCAGUGUUUUAUGAGGUAGAUCCCUCAGAAGUACGUCAUCAGGAAGGUCAGUUUGGAAAAUCUUUUGAAGAUCUUAUCUCAACAAUCUCAGUGGAUGAAUCCACAAAGAGUAAUUGGAAAAGAGACCUCAUUGAUAUUGGCGGCAUAGCAGGCUUUGUACUCAAAGAUUCCAGGAAUGAAAGUGCAGAUAUCAAGAAUAUUGUUGAACAUAUCACCCAUUUGCUAGAUAGGACAGAGUUAUUUGUUGCCGAACAUCCAGUGGGUGUACAACCUCGUGUGGAAGCUGCAACUAAGCUACUAAACAUCCAAUAUUCAGAAGAUGUUUCACUUCUUGGGAUCUGGGGAAUGGGGGGAACUGGAAAAACUACCAUUGCCAAAGCCAUUUAUAAUCAAAUUGGGAACAAAUUUGAGGGGAGGAGCUUCCUUCUGAAUAUAAGAGAAUUUUGGGAGACAAAUAUUAAUCUAGUUUCUCUACAACAACAACUUCUUUGUGAUGUUUACAAAACUACGACAUUCAAGAUACGUGACAUAGAAUCAGGGAAAAAUACAUUGAAAGAAAGACUUUCCCAGAAUAGGGUACUUAUUGUGCUUGAUGAUGUGAAUGAAUUGGACCAAUUAAAGGCUUUGUGUGGAAGCCGUGAAUGGUUUGGUCCGGGGAGUAGAAUUAUCAUCACAACGAGAGAUAUGCAUCUUCUUAGAUCGUGUCGAGUUGAUGAAGUGUAUACUAUAGAAGAAAUGGGAGAUAGUGAAUCUCUUGAGCUUUUCAGUUGGCAUGCAUUCAAUCAACCAAGUCCUACAAAAGAUUUUGCUACACAUUCAACAGAUGUGAUUGCUUAUUCUGGGAGAUUGCCUCUAGCACUUCAAGUCCUUGGUUCCUAUUUGUCUGACUGUGAAAUAUCAGAAUGGCAGAAAAUGUUGGAGAAACUCAAAUGUAUUCCCCAUGAUCAAGUACAGAAGAAACUGAAAGUCAGCUUUGAUGGUUUAAAAGAUGUAACAGAGAAACAAAUAUUCCUUGAUAUUGCUUGUUUCUUUAUUGGAAUGGACCGAAAUGAUGCAAUACAAAUAUUAAAUGGGAGUGGAUUUUUUGCUGAUAUUGGAAUUAAAGUCCUUGUAGAGAGAAGCCUUGUAACUGUUGACAAUAGGAACAAGCUUAGAAUGCAUGAUUUGUUAAGAGACAUGGGACGACAAAUAGUUUAUGAGGAAUCACCAUUUGAUCCCGAGACGCGGAGUAGGUUGUGGCGGCGUGAGGAAGUAUUUGAUAUUAUAUCAAAGCAUAAGGGAACAGAAGCUGUCAAGGGACUGGCAUUGGAGUUUCCAAGGAAGAAUACAGUUUCUCUUAAUACCAAAGCAUUCAAGAAGAUGAAUAAACUCAGAUUGCUUCAACUUUCCGGGGUUCAGCUUAAUGGAGAUUUUAAAUACCUUUCAGGAGAACUUAGGUGGCUGUACUGGCACGGAUUUCCAUCAACUUACACUCCUGCAGAAUUUCAGCAAGGAAGUCUUGUUUCCAUCGAAUUAAAAUAUAGUAGUCUAAAACAAAUAUGGAAGAAGAGCCAGUUGCUAGAGAAUCUAAAAAUUCUUAAUCUGAGUCAUUCUUGGGAUUUGAUUGAAACCCCAGACUUUUCAUUCAUGCCUAAUCUUGAAAAGCUAGUACUCAAAGACUGUCCAAGAUUAACUGCGGUCUCCCGUAGCAUUGGAUCUCUGCAUAAACUUCUUCUAAUAAAUUUGACAGACUGCACAAGUCUUCAGAAACUUCCUAGAAGCAUAUAUAAAUUAAAAUCUCUAGAAACUUUGAUUCUUUCUGGAUGUUCCAAGAUUGACAAAUUGGAGGAGGACUUGGAACAGAUGGAAUCAUUGAAAACCUUGAUUGCGGAUAAGACUGCUAUAACAAAAGUGCCGUUUUCAAUAGUAAGAUUAAGAAACAUUGGAUAUAUUUCUCUAUGUGGCUUUGAAGGAUUUUCACGAGAUGUAUUUCCUUUUCUCGUUCGGUCUUGGAUGUCACCAUCAACUAAUGUAACAUCCCUAGUUCAAACAUCUACGUCAAAAUCAUCUCUUGGUACUUUCAAGAACCUUCUAAAGCUUCGAAAUAUUUUUGUAGAGUGUGGCUCAAAACUACAACUAACUGAAGAUGUAGCCAGAAUUUUGGAUGCAUUAAAAGCCACAAUUUGUCAUAAAUAUGAAGCAAAUCCAAGUGCAACUACAUCAGAAACCUCUGAUAUGUAUGCUACUUCUAUAAUUGAUGGUCAAGUUCGCAUUUCAGGGUCAAAUAAUUAUUUGAAAUCUCUCUUAAUUCAAAUGGGAACGAAAUGCCAAGUCUCUAAUAUUACCGAAGAUGAAAAUUUUCAGACUGCAGAGGCAUCCUGGGAUUCAUUUGUGCUCCCCUGUGACAACAAUUCUGAUUGGCAAACCUUCCGUUGCAAAGGCUGUUGCAUAAUGUUUGAUCUCCCAACAAUGAAGGGGCGUAACCUGAAGAGUAUGAUGUUGUUCGUCGUCUAUUACUCUUCCCCAGAAAGCAUAGCUUCAGAAGGAUGCCAAGGUGUGUUGAUCAUAAAUUACACAAAGGCAACCAUUCAGGCCUAUAAAAGAGACACACUAACCUCCUUCGAGGAUGAGGAUUGGCAGAGCAUAACAUCAAAUCUAGAGCCUAGUAACAAAGUAGAGGUUAUGGUUGUUUUUGAGGAGGGAUUCGUUGUACAGCAUACAGAAGUAUCGCUCUUAUAUGAUGAACCACUUGACAAAGAAAUGGAACACUGUUAUGUAGUUGAAGAGGAUGAUGUUAUUGUUUCUGUUUAUGACGAUAAGAAUGUCUCUGUCUCUAGUGGUGAUAAUAUUGAUGUGCCAGAAGAUUACAAUGCUAUCGGUCCAAUUCAAGAUAAAAAUAUAAGUGAAGAUAAGCACUGGCAUGCAGUGGAUAAGAAUGCUGUUGUUCCUGGUGAUGAUCAUUCCAUGGCAGCAAAUAAGAAUUACGCUGUGUCUGGUGGCGGUGUUGUGCCAGCAGAUAAGAAUGUGACCUUUUAUGCGGAAGAUGACAAUGUGAGUGAUAAUAAAAACGGGGAUGCGGUGGAAUAUGAUGCUAAUGGUUCUUGUAUAGCAGAUAAGAAUGUUGUUUCCGGUGGGGAUAAAAAUAGAUAUCUUAGAAUCUUCACCAAGCUUCCUUCACUUGUUCGUGCUGUUUUGAUCUCGCAGCCUUUCUGGUCUAGUUUGGUUGGCAUUCUGGUUUGGAUCACUUAUCGCCAUUUUAAGAAGAGAAGUCCAAACCUUUUUACAAGAUAUACACGAAGGUGUAAAUGGCUGGUGGAUUGUGCACAAAGGCUUGCUACUUACAAGAAGGGCAGCAAAGCCCAAUGUCAUCCAGUCACAUAGUUAAGGCAGUUAAUGCAGAGGUUUUCUCUUUGCACGGCACUGUUAUGAUAACAGCUCAAUGUGGUAUUUAAGUCACGAUACUCUCCCACCUAAAGGACAAGCCUUUUGGGAUCAAGUUAUAGCAAUUGGGCUUUCAUUGAGAGUUUGAUUCCGUACUGGAAGAGCUACUGUAGGCUGGAUUAAGGACCUUGGUUCUCUAAAGACCUUGAUCCGUAGACAGAAAACGAGAGGUCCUUAGAUCACGAUUACAUACAGAAUAUGGCAGUCUCUUUUGCUAAGAGGUGACCUAGAGAUGUACCAAAAGUUUCCACCUACCAUGUGAGGAGAUGUUGAUCCUGUUGGAUAAUGUGUCAUGCUUGCUGCAUCUACCGAACACCAGCAAUUUCAUCUCAGAUCUCAUCUUGUCCAGAAAGGUAUGCAUUUUAACAUAAAUUAAUAACUCAUGCAUAUUCCCAAACUCCAGGAUCUGGCCUUCCUGCAAAGGCAACAUAUGGUGGAUCAGCGAUAAUAGUUUCCUGUAAGUCUCAAGGGGACAACAUUAAAAUCCACAUCAAUAACCUAUGAUGUCAAACUGUAACAUUAUUAACCAACAUAUAUGGUCAUUAAGGGAAGGAAUCAAUGUUAUUGAACAAUUUUAGAAGUCAUGGUUUUGGUGGAGGUAUUUCCUUAAUCCGGCUUCCAGUUUUCCUUACUUUAGUUUGCCAUCAAAUGGUGUAAUAAUAUCUUGUAUUGUCUGAUCAUGUGCGGACCAAUUUACCCACCACCACCACACACAUGUGUUGACCACUGCUACAACCACUUAUAACCACCAGGUCCGUUCUUAAUAUUUUAUGGGUGUUGCAAAGUGCCUUCAAUUUGUGUUUUAGAAAACAGAGAAAUCGUGACACGAUUUCAUAGGCGUGUCACGAUUUUGCAAUGCCGUGAGCAUGUUUUGCAGGGUGUCCAAUCGUGACACGAUUUUGGGGAAAUGUGACACGAUUUUCGGUUUGCUGGGCAAGUUUUCAGGAUAAGGUUGGUCGUACAUUGGGUCGUACGCACCAAACGUGUCACGAUUUGGGAAAUCGUGACACGAUUUUGUCCGGUUCUGAACACAAUAUAUGCAUUCUUUGACCCAUUUGUUGGGUAAGCUUGGUAAAUCUCAUGGAAACCAAAGGAGGGAACUUUUAGGGUUUUAGAUACUAAAGGUUGAGGGUCUUUGGGUGAGGUUCAAAACUUUAAGAUGUGAAUCUUGGAGAACCAAAAGAGGGGGCUCUUGGGGAAAGGGUUGGUGCCUUUUGGAGAAGAUUCAUGGGGUUGGGAAACACAUGAGUGGAGAGUCAUUUCUGAGCAACUUGGGUGAGUCUUGUGAAACCAAAAGAGAAGAUCAUUAGUAAAAUCAAAGGCUAAAGGUUGUUUCUCUUUUUGGGGUUAGAUUCUAGAGUUGGGAAACAAUUGUAAACACCUUGGGAGAGUGAAAAUCAUGAGUGUCUUGUUCACUUGUGAGAUUGAAAAAAUGGGUAGAAAUUAAGGUUGUUCUUUGUGAACUUGUUGAAGCUAAUUUCUUGUAACUCAUUUGUAUCUCUUUGUAAGAACUCAUUGAUAGUGGAUUGGAGAGAUCAAUCUCUCAUCCAGAGUAGGUCAAGUUGGACCGAAUUGGGUGAACAUUUCUUGGUGUUGUUAUCUUUUCUUUACUCUCUUUAUCUUGUUUAUCCUUUUGUUGGAUUGUGGUUUUGCUA